AUGAGUGCCCUAACCUUACCUCUGCAAUAUCCCGCUGCUCGUAGAGACGACACAGUCGUCGACGACUACCACGGCGUCAAUGUCGCCGACCCCUAUCGAUGGCUCGAAGAUCCUGAUGCUGAAGAAGUGAAAGAGUUUGUUGAGAAACAAGUUCAACUCACCAAUUCAGUGAUUGCAGAAUGCGAAACGAGAUCGAAGCUUAAUGAAAGAAUUACUAAACUGUUUGAUCAUCCUCGUUAUGGCGCUCCUUUUAAAAAAGGGGAUAAGUAUUUUUACUUCCAUAACAGCGGUCUUCAGCCUCAGGAUAUUCUCUAUGUCCAGGAUAGUUUGGAGGGAGAGCCAGAGGUUUUGCUUGAUUCCAAUGCCUUAAGUGAAGAUGGAACUGUUUCGUUGAACACAUUUUCUGUGAGUGAAGAUGCCAAGUACUUGGCUUAUGCGCUUAGUUCCAGUGGUAGCGAUUGGGCGACUAUAAAAGUGAUGCGCAUUGAGGACAAGACUGUUGAGCAUGAUACUUUAUCAUGGGUUAAAUUUUCCUCUAUUAGUUGGAGUCAUGAUAACUUGGGUUUCUAUUACAGCCGCUAUCCAGCACCCAAAGAUGGAGAAGUGGUAGAUGCUGGGACUGAGACAAACUCUAAUCUUUAUCAUAUGCUUUAUUAUCAUUUUCUGGGUACGGAUCAAGAAGGAGAUAUUUUGUGUUGGAAAGAUCUUCAAAACCCUAAAUAUACAGUUGGAGGAAUUGUUACUGUUGAUGGGAAGUAUCUCCUCCUUUAUAUUUCAGACGGAUGUGAUCCAGUUAACAAACUUUACUACUCUGACAUAACUAAUCUUCCCAGCGUAUUUGAAGGUUUCCGCAGUGAUAAUUCCGCCCUCCCUUUCGUCAAACUUAUUGAUAACUUUGAUGCGAAGUACGACUACAUUGCAAAUGAUGACACUGAGUUUACAUUUUUAACUAAUAAAGAUGCUCCAAAGUAUAAACUAGUCCGAGUAGAUUUGAAGAACCCAAACACAUGGGCUGAUGUUCUUCAAGAGUCUAAAAAUGAUGUACUUGAGUCGGCGGUUGCUGUAAAUGGUAACCAACUGAUAGUUAGUUACUUGAGCGAUGUGAAGCAUCUUCUACAAGUAAGAGACUUAAAAACAGGUUCAUUGCAGCAUCAACUGCCAAUUGACAUUGGCACAGUUUCUGAAAUUUCUGCACGGCGGGAAGAUAAUGUGGUCUUCAUUAGCUUUACAAGCUUUCUAUCUCCCGGUAUCAUUUAUCAGUGCAACCUGGGAACAGGGAUUCCUGAUCUGAAGAUAUUUCGUGAAAUUGCAGUCCCUGGGUUUGACCGCUCCGAGUUUCAAGUCAAUCAGGUUUUUUUCCCUAGUAAAGAUGGUACCAAGAUCCCAAUGUUCAUUGUUGCGAAAAAGGGCAUUAUUUUGGAUGGUUCACACCCGUGUCUAUUAUAUGGAUAUGGUGGUUUUAACAUCAGUAUCACACCGUCAUUCAGUGUUAGUCGCAUUGUACUCACAAAACAUUUAGGUUUUGUUUACUGCAUUGCGAAUAUUCGCGGUGGUGGAGAAUAUGGGGAGGAAUGGCAUAAAGCAGGUUCCCUUGCUAAAAAGCAGAAUUGCUUUGAUGACUUCAUUUCUGCAGCCGAAUACCUUAUAUCCACUGGUUAUACCCAAUCAAAAAAGUUAUGCAUUGAGGGUGGAAGCAACGGUGGCCUUCUUGUUGGUGCUUGUAUAAAUCAGAGACCUGAUCUCUUUGGCUGUGCAUUGGCUCAUGUUGGCGUUAUGGACAUGCUGCGGUUCCACAAAUUUACCAUAGGUCAUGCUUGGACCUCAGAUUAUGGUUGUGCAGACAAGGAGGAAGAGUUUCAUUGGCUAAUCAAGUACUCACCAUUGCAUAAUGUCCGGCGACCGUGGGAAGAGCAUCCUGACAAGUCAGUUCAGUACCCAGCAACCAUGUUGUUGACAGCAGAUCACGAUGAUCGAGUUGUGCCACUUCACUCAUUGAAGCUAUUAGCGACCAUGCAGUAUGAGCUAUGCAGCAGCUUAAAGGAAAGUCCCCAAACGAACCCUAUAAUUGGUCGCAUUGACUGCAAAGCUGGACAUGGAGGAGGUCGUCCUACACAGAAAAUGAUCGAUGAAGCUGCUGAUCGAUUCAGUUUUAUGGCUAAAAUGUUAGAAGCACAUUGGAUUGAAUAG